GCGUCAUUUCCGAGUGAAAGUGCGUCUGUCAAGUCAAGAUGGCGGCUCCCUUGGAGUUAUUUUGCUGGAAAGGCAACUGGGGAUUGCCUUCUGUCAACACCGAAUGCCUUAUCGUGCUGGCGUAUGCAAGGUUUGCUGGAGUGCCCCUCAAGCUUCACAAGACUGCCAACCCCUGGGGAAGCCCCACAGGCGUUCUCCCUGCCCUGAAGACUCGACAAGAUGAAAGUUUCUCGCAGCCCAGCAAGAUCAUCAUUGAGUUCAGGAAACAGAAAUACAAUGCAGACUUUGACCUCUCUGCGAAAGAAGGAGCAGACACCCUGGCUUUCAUAUCGCUGGUGGAGGAGAAGCUGGUGCCUGCCCUGAUCUACGCGCUGUGGGUGGACCCCAAGAACUACGUGGAGGUGACCCGCCGUUGGCAUGGCGACAACAUUCCCUUCCCGCUCAACUUCUUCCUGCCUCACCGCAUGCAGAGGCAGCAGCUGGGCCGACUGCGUCUCAUCAAGGGAGACGAGAGCCUGGAGGCCGGCGAGGAGGUGGAGAAGGAGCUCUACCGUGAUGCCCAGGAGUGUAUGAAUCUCCUUUCUCAACGUCUCGGCUCCAGCAAAUUCUUCUUCGGUGAUUCGCCCUCGUCUCUGGACGCCCAUGUGUUUGGCCACCUGGCCCCCCUCCUGAAGAUCAAGCUCCCCUGCGCUCGUCUCCAGCAGCACCUGAGCUCUCUGGACAACCUGACUCGAUUCUGCUCCAACAUCCUCACGCUCUACUUUCCCAACGAGCUCAAUGACGCAACGCCACGCAAGCUCUCCCCUCAGCCGGAGUCCAGCGAGGUGGACAGCGAGCCCAAUAAGCGUCGUAAGCAGCUGCUGUCGCUGGUGUUCGCGCUGGGCGCCAUGCUGAGCUACGCCCUGCUGACGGGCAUCGUAGCCGUCGAGCACGUGCCCGCCGUGGAGGAGGACAACGACAUGCAGGAGACCCAGGGCAUCGCAGGGGGCACGCCAGGGGAGGACGAGGAGUGACGAGGGUGUGUGUGUGUGUGUUUGUGUUUGUGUUUGUGUUUGAGUGAAUGUGCUUGCUUGCUUGUGUGUGUGCCUGUGUGUGCAUGUCUGCUUUCAUUCACACGUGUGUGUGUGUGUGUGUGUGUGUGUGUGUGUGUGUGUGUGUGUGUGUGUGUGUGUGUGUGUGUGUGUGUGUGUGUGUGUGUGUGUGUGUGUGUGUGUGUGUGUGUGUGUGUGUGUGUGUGUGUGUGAGUUCACAUGUGCCUGCCUGUACGUAUGUGUGUGUUUUCCUUCACUCAAAUGCUGGCGGCGAGCAGCGUGUGUAUACCUACCGUACAGGAU